AUGGAACAACCAGUGCAUGUACUAGAUGAUAAAACUAAAACUCAACGCUCAAUGAUGGAUGUUCCUAAUAUUUCUUCUCUUUCCUCCUUUGGUGUUCAACAACCUCCUACUGGCGUUCCCGCUCUUCCUCCUCCUCAGAAUCAACCUGUCCAACAUGUCGAUAUCUCUUCAAAUGUCUCUAAUAUGCCUACGGGUAGAAAUCAAAGCCGGACCUUGACUAAUUCUAAACGUGCUGCCCAAAAUAGAGCUGCUCAACGUGCUUUUCGUCAACGUAAGGAUAGGUAUAUCAAAGAUUUGGAGGCAAAAGCAAAAAGUUUAGAUAAUAUAAAAAAGCAAUUCGAUGCUUUACUUAAAGAAAAACAAGAAAUGGCUCAAAUCAUUCGAAAUUUACGUAGUGAACUCGCUAAAUAUAAAGGCGAAGAGUUAAGUGAUGAUGAAGGACGUCAAUCUUUUGGUGGAAAUAAUAAUUCGGCUAGUUCAAAUUCUACUUAUUCGCAUUAUGGAAGUUCGGCGAGAGAUGAUGAUUCUCAAGGUCUUGGUGAAGAACCUUGGCUUAGGCAUAAAGAUGGUCGUAAAGAAAGUUCUUCAAAUUCUAUGUAUAAUAUGAAUGACGACCGUCCUGGUUCCUAUCCUUUUUCUCCUAGUUCUUCUUCUUCGGGAAGUUCUACAACAAAUCGUUCUGCUUCCGGUCUUAAUGAAUCUUCACAGAGAGGCUCUGGUCUGAUUUUACCUCCUGGUCCAAAUACUGAUUCCUCCGUUGAUCCUUAUUUUAGACCUGAUUAUCGAAGUACUAAUUCUCAUUCCAGUCCCUCUCCACCUUCUUCUUCUGCUGAUCGUAACAUCCGUGGUUCUUAUAAUAAUAAUUCUGGAAGACCUGGUUAUUCUAGUAAUGAAGAAGAUACUGAUCGUGUAUAUGAUGAUUUAUGUGAACUGUUAAAGACCAGAACACGUCCUGCUUUGCCCCAUAAUAUUAAUGUAAAUGUAUGGCCAUCAUCUCAUCCUCAUUCUCCAAAUCAGACAAAUGUUGUGGCAACAAAUGGAAGUAGUACUGUUGUUGGAUAA